AUGUUUGAAGAAUUCAAGAAGAAGAUGGCUGAAGAGUUUGAGAUGAUAAAUAUUGAUAUCAUGUCCUAUUAUUUUGGAAUUGGAGUGAAGCAAUCAGAUGAUGGCAUUUUUGUUUCUCAAAAAGGCUAUGCAAAGAAAGCCUUAAAAGAAUUUAAAAUGAAGAACUAUCAACCUAUCAUUACACCUAUGAAGUGUGAAGUUAAGUUAUUAAGAUUUGAUAAUGGUGAGAAGGUGAGUCCUACUUUGUAUCGAAAGGUUGUUGGUAAUUUAAGGCACUUAACUUGUUCUAGGUAUGAUAUUCUUUAUAGAGUUAGACUUAUCAGUCGUUAUAUGGAGGCACCGACUAGUUCAUACAUGAAGGCUGCCAAAAAAAUUUUAAGAUAUCUUAAAGAAACUUUAGAUUAUGGAUUGCUUUACACUUCUUUUGGAAAUUUUAGUUUAGUUGGCUAUCGCUAUAGAGAUUAG